AUGGCCUCAAACAAGGAUAUGCGGAGGGCUGAUCUGGCGAUCCCAUAUGUCGACCCGCCUAAGAGCACCAGUGAUGCCGACAUCUCCAGCACAAUGUCGAGCACGAUGCCGAUGGCAGCGAUGUUCACGCGUAACAGAAUGAUUGGAUGGGUGUCCUUUGUCUUCUCCCUCCAGUCCUGGCUCGGAGAGUCCGAGGAACAGAAGAAGACCGCCGCUACUCCGGCCUACAUGUCUGUUGGCAUGUCCUUGAUGGCUCUCAUUGUCACCUACUUCCCCCUCUUCAUGCCUCCUCAGGUUGCGAAGGGUGCCACUGCUGCUGGACCCCCUACGCCCUCGCCGUGA